AGGAGCUGAUGAUGCUUAACUCAUGCACAGUUGUGAGAGUUUAAUGGCUAUUUUUUAUUGUUAAUUUAAAAGAUUGCAUUGUAUUUUUCCCUAACUGGAAAAAAAGACUGCAAAAAAAAAAAAAGACAUCAGAAGCUUUUAGACCGCUGUGAUCCGAGUAUCAAAAAUGAUCAGGAGCUUGUUUCUGCUUUGUGUGGCUGGGAAUUUAGGAGUAGUCCAUUCAGGGCCAAUCAGGAAGACCAGCAAGACAGAAGAAAAGGCUGCGACGCAGGAAGACGUCAAUGUUCUCAUGUAUGGUGUCAUACAGUUGAGUGAAUCUCUUAGCCAUGUUUAUGAAACCACUGAAGCAAAGGUAGAGAAAAUCAGACAGGCUCUGAAGAAUCACGAAGUGACUCUCCUGAAUCUGGAGAAGCAGGCCGAGCAGGCGGCGGAGGUGGAGAAACAGAUAAAGGACGUCAUGCAGUUGUUACAGGCCCAGAUGGUCACCCAACAAGUUCAGACCCAAAUGACGAAAGACCAGCUGGACAGCAUGGAAAAGGACGAGGUACAACUGCAGUCUAAAGUAAAGACACUGGAGAUGGUCCUCAACAACUUUGCACCUACCCGCAUCAAGGAGCUGCAGGAGAAAGCGGAGGAGCACUUCAGUGUCCUGCAGGGUUUACAGGUUUUGACCCAGUUCCACAAAGAGAAUAUUGAGGCUCAGAAUGAGGAGCUGUCCAGACUGCAGAUGAUGAUUGAUGCUGUGGCAUAACCAUAACCAUAUAAAGAAAAACAACAGAUCAUCUACUGAAAGAGAAAAAGCCAUCUUCAUCUCAACUCCUCAAUGUCACUGCACUCCUUUCUGACUCAACUAUACUGUAGACCCACUGUUGUGCAAAGAAAUAUUUUUGUUGGAAGCCUUGUGAUUUUGUCAUGUCUCUCUUUUAUUUUAUGUUUUUUGUAUCUUAUGUCUUUACAACGACGACACUAUCUUUAAAGAAAGACUUUCAAAUGAAGUUGUUAAAUUAUUAACAUUUUGUUUAUGUACAUAUCUUUAUCUAUACAUAUACACACAAGUAAAAAUGUUGUU